CGGAAUUCUCUACCGCAGAAGAACCGCAUCCACCGUCCAGGAACAACAAGGACAAGUGUAUCACGUGCCCUACUGAGUUACCCUUAUAUCUAAAGUAUCUUUUCCGAGAUCUUCUUUAAAAUUAAGAACACGUGGACGAUUUAUUCCUCAUCGAAGAUGCAGAGACAAAUUGCAAUCUCCUGUUUGAUCCUGAUGGCCAUAACCGUUAUGGCUGUUUCAAGUACUCUCGCGGAUGCUGCUCCGUUUUCACAACAAAAUUAUUGGAACCAAUUAGAAGAGGACGAUCCCGAGGCUCUUCUCGAUAUGCUCGCACGUCUUCGUCAUUCGAUCAUGCGAAAUCAAGAGCUCGAAAACAAUAAACGCGGAUUGGAUUUAGGAUUGAGCCGUGGAUUCAGUGGUUCUCAAGCAGCGAAACAUUUGAUGGGACUUGCAGCUGCGAAUUAUGCCGGUGGUCCGGGACGAAGGCGUCGUUCGGAAUAAAUAUAAAAUAAUUCGAUGAUAUAA